AUGCCUCUGACCAAGAAGCACCUCCAGAAGACUUUCCAGAGGCCCAUCUCCUUGCAGCUGUCUUCUCCCAAGGCUCUCUGUGUUGUGCAGAAAAAGAGGAGGGCAGCCACUGCCCGUCGGCAGCACCUGAAGAGUGCUAUGCUCCAGCUUGCUGUCACUGAAAUAGAGAAAGAAGCAGCUGCUAAAGAAGUGGAAAAGCAAAAUUACCUGGCAGAGCAUUGCCCUCCUCUGUCACUCCCAGGAUCCAUGCAGGAACUUCAGGAGCUGUGCAAAAAGCUUCAUGCCAAGAUAGAGUCAGUGGAUGAGGAGAGGUAUGACACAGAAGUGAAGCUACAGAAGACUAACAAGGAGCUGGAAGACUUGAGCCAGAAACUCUUUGACCUGCGUGGCAAGUUCAAGAGGCCGCCCCUGCGCAGGGUGCGCAUGUCGGCUGAUGCGAUGCUGCGGGCCCUGCUGGGCUCCAAGCACAAGGUCUGCAUGGACCUCCGAGCCAACCUGAAGCAAGUGAAGAAGGAGGACACCGAGAAGGAGAAGGAUCUUCGUGAUGUCGGUGACUGGAGAAAGAACAUUGAGGAGAAGUCCGGCAUGGAGGGCAGAAAGAAGAUGUUCGAGGCUGGCGAGUCCUAAGCACCUGCCUCUCCACAC